AUGACAGCAGACAUUUUGUUUGUCACCGUAUUUGGAGCAGUGGUAUUACAGCUGAAUAAUGUUAUCGGGGAUUACACAGAUCUAAAUUCAUGUUUUGUUUACAAGAAAGGCUACAGAUUAGAACUGAGCGCAAACGAUAUCGAAAGUACGGAAAGCGUGGAAUUUAAGGAUGACUGCCUCAGAUCCUGUCUUCGGUCACUACUUUCCGGUGGAUUCAUAUGUCGCUCACUAAUGCAUAUGCCGAAAGAUGAAGAUUGUGUACUUACUGAACUUGACGGACAAAAAGCUAUUCGCGUAGAACAAAAACCAUCCCAAAUACCUGUGAAUUUCUACGAAAAUUUAUGUGCCAAACUUCCAGUACAAGGAGGCGUUGUUGAAGGACUGUUGAGAGGUUUCCGUGGUGGUGAUGGUGUGAUUAUCCUGGUGCAAAUUCGAGGAUCUAAACCGUCGGCACUCAUAAUUCUUGAUGGUGUUCAUGAAAAAAAGGACUUUGAUAUCACUUACCAUGAGGAUGAAAUCAUUGAUUGUUUCAAAAUGACUACGGAUGAGAAACAUAAUGGGAAGAAGUUGGUAACUUUAGAUUCCGAUGGUGUUGGAAUGGCUGUUCAGCCAUGGACGGAAAUCGAAUUUGACAUACUCAACGAUUCAGUUCUCAAUAAGACGAUUACUGUUGCGGAGACAAGCACCGGUGAGGUGAUUCUUUGUGGAAAAUUAAAAGUGAAAGGAAAUAGAGAGGAAUGGGAAAAGGCCAAAAAUAAUGCAAGAAUACCCUGUAAAUUUUGUUUAAUCGCUAUAAUUUGUAUUCUGGUGAAUGUUUUCAAACAAAUUCAUGACCUAGUUUCGAUUUAA